AUGGAGAUAGUUCCAAACCCAGAAAAAUCUUAUGGACCAACAGGUCAUUCUUCUACAAUAAAAAGGAAUCACUCGAUGGUGGCACAACACAAAACAUUUGGUUUAAAAGAUUUUAUUUUUGCUCUAGCAGAUAAUCAUGAUGAUUUGCAAGUAGCAACCCUCACUGAAGAAUAUGAAGAUCCUGAAAGACAUUUGGAAAUGGUAGUACUGAAAUGUCCGAGAUGUAAUAAAGACGCCGAAAACACAAGAGACCUCAUUGGUCAUUUAGUGACACACGAGUCAAAACGUAUUCAAUGUAUUUACGCUGAAUGUGGAGUUGUAAAUAUAGAAGUCAACGAACAACUGAAAUACGCGACAAACAUGCAGGCCAAAAACAGUAUUUUUAAAAGGAAGAUCGAAAACCGUCCUUACACACUCAACGUUGCCCUCUCUUCUCCUUUGUUCCCAUUUCUUUCGAUGCGAAAACUCAAAAUCUACAUGGAUCAGCCACCGUAUGCAACUAAAAGUUCAGCAAACUCAGACUUGAUACAGAAAGAUCUUGUGCGUGGGGAUAACAUUCACCCCUUGUUUUUUGAUUGGUUUGGUAUUCAAAAGGUUUACGAGAAAAUCAAAGCUUGUAAGAAGUUGAAACAGGAAAAACACGAUAUGAGAUAUUUGAAAUCACUCUGCGAAGAAGGCCAAGUCAUAUACCAAGAUUUGGUUCACAAAAAUCGCACAAAAGAAGAGACAAUGUGUUUGGCCAGUGCAUUAAACCUUCCAAUCGACUUCACACAACAACAAUUGGUAGAUGCAAUGCGAAUGAUGGCGGAUUACAAAGCAGAUCGUCCAGAUUCUUCUAUAAGUUACAACGCAUUAGAAGAUGAAGAUGGUAACGCCAUCACCAAGGAACAAAGGAAAUUAAUUUCCACUUUGUCAAGCAACUUCAUAUUUAUUACUGGUUCAAAACGUCGAUGCACAAAAAACAAAUCAUACAAGUUUGACGUCUAA